GUGAGAGAGGUAGGUAACCAGGCAACUUCAACGGUAGCGGCAAAAAAGGAAAAGGGAGAGAAAUUAGCGCUAAAAUUUGGAGGGCUCUGAGGGGAACGGAAUGAUGUAGCCUCGCUUUUCAUCAGAUAUCCCUGCUACGGGAACCGGAUUACCCUGUUUUAGAGAAAAAAGCAAGCAUGGAUCUCUACACACAUCACCAACGGGAAUUUAUAUGGUUUUCAGCGAGAUAGACGGGAUCGUCUUUACGACUCAAGUGUAAAAAAAAAAAAAAAAGGUCAGUGAACAUCACGUCCCGCAUUCAAAAGAAGUGACCGGAAUGCUGCAUCAGGGCUAGAUCUGGCGGCAGGACUAAGUCACGGUCAGGAGGAGAACCCUUCUAAAUGAGCCUGCAUGCGCCAGCGGACCUGCUUUGAAGAGGAACAAGGACCCAAUAGGAUGUCAGCAGAGACAGAGCUCCAGUCAGCCGUGAGACCCAGUGUGAGAAAAGACUCCAGGAAGAAAGGCCAGGACCGCACCGAGGCGGGGCUGAUCAAACGCUUCAAAGGGGAUGGGGUCCGCUACAAGGCCAAGCUGAUCGGGAUUGACGAGGUCACGGCCGCACGGGGGGACAAGCUGUGCCAAGACUCCAUGAUGAAGCUUAAGGGAAUUGCUGCUGCAGGACGUUCCAAAGGAGAACACAAGCAAAAAGUCUUUCUAACUGUCUCAUUUGGAGGUAUCAAGAUCUUUGAUGAAAGGUCAGGGAUCCUUCAGCAUCAUCAUGCGGUCCAUGAGAUCUCCUACAUUGCCAAGGACAUCACGGACCACCGUGCUUUUGGCUACGUCUGUGGGAAAGAAGGCCACCAUAGAUUUGUUGCCAUUAAGACAGCUCAGUCGGCUGAGCCUGUGAUCCUUGACCUGCGUGACCUCUUCCAGCUGAUUUAUGAGAUCAAGCAGCGUGAGGAGCUGGAGAAGAAGGCCCAGAAGGACAAACAGUGUGAGCAGGCUGUUUACCAGACGAUUUUGGAGGAUGACGUGGAAGACCCCGUGUACCAGUACAUUGUGUUUGAGGCUGGACUCGAGCCCAUCCGUGACCCCCAAUCAGAAGAGAGCGUAUAUCAGGUUCCCACAAGUCAGCAGAAGGAAGGGGUCUAUGAUGUUCCAAAACGGCAUCCACUAAGUAAUGGGCAGCUGAUGGUGCAGAUUGACGAGGACAUUAGCUUGGUCUGCCAGAACAUAAACCAGUUAGAGCUUUUUGGUGACAUGUCCACCCCUCCUGACAUCACUUCACCUUCAACCCCUGCUUCACCUGCCAACACGCUGGGUCCUGGAGUUGCCCAUCAACCCCCGUCUGAACUCUUCGCUUCAUUCAGCCCUGCCUCUGUGCCCUCAGGUUAUGUCACCAUGGGAGCCGUCCAGGCGACCCAGUGGGGCCAGCAGCCAUUCGCAGCCCAGGCUCCCAUGGCAUUUGGGGUUCAACCACCAGUGCAGGUUGCUCAGGUCAUCCCUGGGGCUCAACCCAUGAUGUGGGGCCAGGCAGGCCUCUUCCCUGCCACCCAGCAGCAGUGGGCUGCUAUGGCAGGUGCCUUCCCUCAGGCUGCCUUCAUGCCGACACAACCUGUGGGUCCGCUACCAGCCGCCAUGUUCCCAAGCCUGGCCCCUGUGGCAGCUGCUGCCCUGACCCCCACCUGCGAACGCCCAGCUGGGCCCGUCUCGAGCCCUGUGCACACAGACCGGUCCCGGCAGAAGAUGAGCAAGGAAAUGUUCAAGGAUUUCCAGAUGGCUAAGCCGCCCACCACAUCGACCCGCAAGACUGAUCAGCCUUGUCUGGCCAGCACCUCCGAUGCCUUCUCCAGCUACUUCAACCGUGUGGGCACAGCGCAGGACAAUGACGACUGUGACGACUUUGACAUAUCACAGCUGAACCUGACGCCUGUCACCUCAACCACACCCUCCACCAACUCACCCCCCACUCCGGCUCCGCGACAGAGCUCUCCCUCAAAGUCCUCCACCUCCCACGCCAGUGAUCCCCCCACUGACGACUCCUUCGGGGAGGCAGAAGGUAGCCCCAGUCGGAGCGGGGAGGACGAUGCUCUCUGCUCCUCCCCUCCCGCUCCCCCUCGCCAGGCCGACGGCUCGCGGUCUCCCCCUGCAGAGCCCCCCUCGGAGCCCGCCAGCCCGCAGGGCGGUAGCUAGAUGACACACGCUGCGGGGAAGAGUCCUCUCUGCGCUCCAACGG